UAGCCAGUCAUUUAGACAGGUAGUUAGCUAGCGCUGCUAACUGAGCAGUGGGUAACUAUGGCCGCUGUUAUUCUGAGUUUCCCAACUCUGCAGGGUCUGAGGAUAUUUACACAAAAACUGUCAUGGACCAAAAGAGGCGUGAGGUUUGUUUCAGGAGGGGUGGGAAAAAUAGAAAAGGUGCUGAUCGCCAACCGUGGAGAGAUCGCCUGCCGUGUGAUGCGUACAGCCAAGAAGAUGGGUGUGCGCUCUGUGGCAGUGUACAGCGAAGCAGACAGACACUCUAUGCAUGUAGCUAUGGCAGAUGAAGCCUACCAUAUCGGCCCUCCACCCUCCCAGCAGAGCUACCUCUCUAUGGAGAAAGUUUUGGAGGUGGCCAAAAAGUCUGGAUCACAUGCGGUCCAUCCAGGUUACGGCUUUCUGUCAGAAAACACAGAGUUUGCAGAGGCUUGUAAACAGGAGGGAAUAAUCUUCAUUGGGCCUCCUUCCUCUGCCAUCCGAGACAUGGGCAUUAAGAGCACAUCCAAACACAUCAUGUCAGCUGCUGGUGUGCCAAUCAUAGGUGGUUACCAUGGAGAGGACCAAUCAAAUGAGAGACUGCAGGAGGAGGCUGCUCGCAUUGGAUACCCUGUGAUGAUCAAGGCAGUCCGUGGAGGAGGAGGAAAGGGAAUGCGUAUUGCACGGUCAGACUCAGACUUCCUGGAGCAGUUGGAGUCAGCAAGACGAGAAGCCAGAAAAUCCUUCAAUGAUGAUGUCAUGCUGGUUGAGAAGUUUGUGGAGGAUCCCAGACACGUGGAGGUUCAGGUGUUUGGGGACAUGCAUGGCAACGCUGUCUAUCUGUUUGAGAGGGACUGCAGCGUCCAGAGGAGACAUCAGAAGAUCAUAGAGGAAGCACCAGGGCCUGGUAUAAGCCCAGAGGUUCGGAGGAAACUUGGAGAAGCUGCAGUUCGAGCAGCUAAAGCUGUGAACUAUGUCGGAGCAGGUACGGUGGAGUUCAUCAUGGACGCCCAGCACAACUUCUACUUCAUGGAGAUGAACACCAGGCUGCAGGUGGAGCAUCCCGUGUCUGAGAUGAUCACUGGAACCGACCUGGUGGAGUGGCAGCUCAGGGUGGCAGCAGGGGAGCGACUGCCUCUCCUCCAGGAUGACAUAAUCUUAAGUGGACACUCUUUUGAGGCUCGUAUCUAUGCUGAGGACCCAAACAACGACUUCCUCCCAGGAGCAGGACCUCUGCUGCAUCUGUCCACCCCUGCAUCAGACGAGCACACACGCAUAGAGACUGGUGUCAGAGAAGGCGAUGAGGUGUCGGCACAUUAUGACCCAAUGAUUGCCAAGCUUGUGGUGUGGGGAGAAGACAGAUCAGCUGCCUUAAAGAAACUGCGCUAUUGUUUACGACAGUACAAUAUUGUGGGACUGAACACUAAUAUAGACUUUUUGCUGAGUCUUUCCGGUCACCCGGAGUUUGAGGCUGGAAAUGUGACCACUAGUUUCAUCCCUCAGCACUACGCUGACCUCUUUCCCACUCCGAGAGCACCCUCUGGGGCAACAAUCUGCCAGGCGGCCCUGGGCCUGCUGCUGAAGGAGAGGAAACACACACAGGAGUUCACAGAGACCUCUACCAAACCGUCAUCCCCAUUUGGUUCCAGCAGCGGCUGGAGAAGCAACAUCCAUUUUAACAGGAACAUGACGCUACAACUGGGAGACAAAAAAGUUCAUGUGGUCAUCACGCAUAACAAAGAUGGAAGCUACACUAUGAAGAUUGGUGAGGAGGUUUAUCAUGUAACAGGAGAGGAGGAGAUGGAAGGUGGAGCGUCAUUCCUGCACUGUUCCGUCAACAGGGUGAAGUCCCGUCCCAAGCUGGUGAUUCUGGACAACACGGUGCAUCUGUUCUCCACGGAGGGAAGCUCCCAGGUGUCUGUCCCAGUGCUCAAGCAUCUGGCUGGUGUGAGCGGAUCUGGAGCUCAGGGUGGAGCUGUGGCCCCCAUGACCGGAACCAUAGAGAAGGUGCUGGUGAAGGCUGGAGAUAAAGUCAAUGUUGGAGACCCGCUGAUGGUCAUGAUUGCCAUGAAGAUGGAGCACACAAUUCGGGCGCCCAAGUCGGGUGUGAUCAAGAGGGUUUUCUUCAGCGAGGGCUCCCAGGCCAACCGCCAUGCUGCUCUGGUUGAACUGGAAGAGGAGGUGGAAGAGGGGGAGGGCAGCAGCCAGUAAACAGACACACAAUCAAACCCACAAAUACAGUGAGAGUCAGCAGAGAGAGUGUUAGACUGACUCACUGUCCCCCCUGCAGUCACACUGAGUGAGUUUUGGCUUCCUGCACUGGAUUAAUAUUUCCUAAAAUGCGAGUCAGGAGGGUGAGUUUGGGGCAGCCUGGAAUAGACGAGGCAAAAAUGAUCACAGUGGUACCCACAUGCAGCUAGAAAGGUUAAAAACAGUGAUGUGAAAAGCAGCGGGGUUGAAUAGUAAAUUGAAUCUUCUGGACAGUUGCCUUUUCACACAGCACAGUCUUGCCUUCAUGUUGAUUACCUGUCUCUGCUUUUAGUUAUUUUUAUUUUUUUUUUCUGUUGGGUCUUGCUUUCCUUCUCUGUGUUGGUUUCUGUUGGUGGUGUAGUGCUGGUUAAAGAGCUAUUAAAUCCUAACCUUUUGAUGAGAACAAUUUAAUGCUGUAUCUCCUAUGCACAGUGAGUGAACGUCUUUAUGUGUGCACAGUAGCAAAAUGAGUAUGAAUAUCAGUACAAUUGAGGCAGGACAUGGCAAGUGGGAAAUUCUCAAACGCUGCCUGAACGAUGCCUUUGUGGACCAGAAAUAGUUACUGAUAGCUCUGGGAGAAAUUGUCUUUCUACGUGACCUUAAGAUAUUCAUCCUCAUCUCCAUAUGUUGCAGUAGAAGUAUUGGGUUUAUGAGUCUGUCUGGGGUAAAAAGAAUGUCAGUGAAAACCAUGUGCGUCCAUUUUUGGAUUCUGUAAGCUGAGGAAACUCUUCUAUUGCAUUUAUAUAUUGUAUAACUGCAGAUAUUUAAAAGUCUUUGUUGCUAAGCUUGAAGCAACUCAGCUGGUUUUCUUAAAUCAAGAAAAAUGGGCAAUUUGGAGACAAACUGAGAGAAAAGAACUGGAUGUAAGAACAUUUUGUGUUGGUGUUUGUUAAUGGCCAGUUUUUCAAAAUCUGCCCGUUCCAGACUGACUCCAAACUCCACCACUCAUGAUGUCAGUGCAGAGGAAAAUGUAAGGAGGAUUAGACUUUGAAUCAUGGUUACAAUAGAAAAACACUCCAGAUUAACUUCUGCUCAGAUGAUUCUGAUAACAAAUAGAAGUCACAUGUGCAGGAUUUUUGUGACCAGAUUUGGCUCUGGGUUCAAAAUGCCAUUUGAAGGAUGAAAUGUCAGUCACAGAGAGCUUUUUCGUAGACAGAUGGUUUGCUUCUGUGUAAAUCCGCAUACAGCACAGACAGAAUGGGAGCUGGACCUGCUUCUGUGGAUCUCUCUUCUUACUAACCGGUGUGUUUUGAGGCCUUGUAGACUAAAACUGACAUUGUAAACACUUGUGUUCAUUUCCUGGAUUGUUUGUAGAUGUAUGACUGAUGAUUUGAAAAAAAUAUAUUGUACUAGGCAAAUACUGUAAUAAAUCUUUUUAUAAGUAUA